AUGGAGGAUCAGGUACACCAAUUUGUGAUUGGACUUAGCCCACAUUUGAUUCAUGAUUGCAUGACGGCCUCACUUCAAAAGGAUAUGGAUAUUUCUCGUAUUCAGGUUUAUGCUCAGGGCUUAGAGGAGCGGAAGCAGCAGCAACGAGCUGAUCGAGAGCGUGAUAGCCAGAGUAUAUUAUCAAUCUCCUCCCAUGAGGUGUAUGCAUUAAUAGAUCCAGGUUCUACUUUAUCAUCCGUCACUCCUUUUAUUGCUGAUUCCACCUCUUUAUGGGCUAUAUGCCCUGCUUGUCUCCCAUACCCCUUUCAGCAAGGGUUGCCGUGGUCUCCGAGAACCACCGUAGCAAAUUUGAUUGAACUGGAUGUGGUAGACUUUGAUGUUAUUAUUGGUAUUGACUGGUUAGCUUCUUAUUAUGCCAACGUUGAUUGUAGAACAAAGAUAGUUUGGUUCCAGUCUCCAGGAGAGUCGGUUUUGAAAUGGAAACGUAAUACGAAUGCCUUCGCCGAAAGGUAG